AUGCAAGCAAGAUGGCGCCGCUACCAGGGAGUCAAAGACGAGGUGCAGAAGAGGCGGCGUAAGCGCCAGCUUAGGGGUCUCUGGCGAGCGGCUGCGGCCAUGGUGUAUCAGCUCAGCCGUCAUCGACGCGAGAUGCGCCUGAAGCGUCGACGGCGCCUCGUCGCCGCAUUUCGUGCCUCCGGGUGGCUGCUGCAGCUUCUUGGUCAAGUUCGCAGCGUGCGGCUGCAGCGGCGAGCUGGACAGCUGCGCGCCAAAUUUCGUGCCGUGAGCCACUUUGUGUGGUCCCUCAAGCGGGCAGCGCGGAUACACCGGCAGCGCCGGACGCGGCAGCUUCUCGGGGCGCUGCGCGCGUCCGGGCAUCUCCUGUGUUCGCUGCACCGAGUGCAGCUCGCUAGAUGGAGGACAAGAAAGCGACACCUGAGGUCUUGCUUCAAGGCUUGCGUCGCAGUCCUGAUGCUUCACGCCAAGAUCCAGCUAGCCAAACGGCGUCGCCGCCAAAUCUGCCUUCGUGGCUGCUGGCGGGCUUCUGCUAUGCUCAUCCUCAGCGGGCGUCGCUCCUGGUGCCGGAGUCUCGCAGCCAUCGAGAUCCAACGACACAUCCGCACCUACUUGCAGAGAGACACUCUGCGGAAAGUGGCAAAAGCGCGCGGCCAAAGACUCGCUGUGCGCUGCUUCCACGGGAUUAUGCCGCGAUACGAUGCGCAGGUCGUGCUGGCAAGAUUGCGGAUAAAGGCAGCGGUAGCCUUCUUCAAGGAUUUCAUCCCCAUCAUGGAUGCUCGCGCAGUUCUCCUUCGACUCCGUGCCGUCCGAGACCAUGGAAAUGUGUGCAGGCUCCCGCAGAGUCCUAGAGAAAUCGUACUUGCUAUGGUGAGCCUUUCGAUCCACGUGGAUCCAGGCCGCUACACGCAGCUACGCACCAAGACGCCUCCUCCACCCUCCAAGCGGGCAGCGAGCCUACGUUCCAUCAAGGAGGUGGUUAGCCCACGAGCUGCACAGAAGGAGGCCGAAGCAACUGUCCGUGUGCCGGAUGAGGUUGUGAAGUCCAUGAAUGUGCUGCGCUCGGCCGCUGGAUCUUUGGGAAGCUCCAGGUUGUCGCCUCGAAUGCCCCGGUCGGAAGGCCACGUCCCCACGGUACCACAGCCUGAUCGAGGGCAUUACGAGCCGAACGAGAGCCAGCCCGAGCCAGAGCCACGCGCGGAUCGACGCCGCAAGGUGCCCGCUGCUCGGAGCGGCCCCGGUCGGCGCCUGCCCCAGCCGCAACAACCCCAGCAUCAGCAUGCAGCAAGCAGUGCAGCGAGCAUAGGCACGAGUGGCAAAAGCAGCAGUGCUAGCAUGAACUUGCCCAACCACGGGCAAAAGAGUUUUCCAAGGCCGCAAACAAGCCGAAGCCAGCCCACCCGCUCCUCACAAGCAACUCCGCCUCGCAAGACACGCGCAGAGAGCUCGGAGACGAUGCCUGAGACGCCUCACUCGAGCUCGACCUGUGUUCGGAAAGCAUCUCCCACCAGCAGCUCCAGUCGAUUCACGGAUCGCCUUCAGAGCAGUGCCGAGGCCGCUUCCGUGAGUGCGCCGGUGCAGCUACGGGCAUGGCUGGAGCGAGCGCGCCAGGAGGCCAGCGCUCUUUACACCAGCGGUGCACUCAACGGCCUGCGGAGCCCGGACCGCGGCCGAAGUCGCCGGAGUCUGUCACCUGGUAGCACGCUGCACCUGGAGAGCGGGAAUAUUUCUAUUGCUGGUGAAGAAGUGGUCGACCCUCGCAUUGAGAUGUUUGCACAUCCGCGGUCUCUGUCGCCUAAUGUGCGUGAUUGCACGAUCCGAGGGUCUGCUCUCGGGGAUCCUGGCUUGCGGCCCCAGCGCAUGGCACGUCCCAGCAGAAGGCAGCAGAGGUCGGCAGAUGACAUGACAGCUCCCGCCUCAUCCAGCUCGUUGCUCGAUCCCUGCGGGGCCCCGGAUCGGUCCUCCAGCUCUUUCGGGGAAGCUUUCGCGCCCCCUGCGAGGGCGCCUAGCUCAGAGAUCGACGCUCCCGGGCAUAGCACCGAGGAGCUUGUAGCUGAGCCGGUGACUCGCACCGGCCUCCAGCCACCAGAAAAUCUCACAGAGGAGGCGUGCUUCAGACACGAGGCGCUCUUGCAGAGUCAGCUAUUGACUACACAGCAGCAGCUCGAGGAAUUGCAGCGCCAGUACCUUGAAGUGCAAGAGUUGCUGCGAGAAAGAGCGCCACGAGCGGACGUGGCAGGACCCACCACUCCGCGAGAGCCGCGCCUCUCACGGGCAAGUGGAG